GUACGUCCACGUGCGAGGGACUGCUGUUCCUACGAUCACAGAACGCGCGCACUUGGACUUCAAUUAUUACUAUAGCAAGUUCAACUGUCUCUCAGUCAGUCAGUUAGCCGUUUACAUUUUUAAUCCAUAGUCCUAAUCAUAGCCAUUCAUUCCUACCGAGCAACAAGGCAUCGAUACGAUUGACUGGAUAGCGUUCGAGCGACAAGCUAUCUGCCACCGUUUGGAAUUAUUUUGUGACAGUCACUUUCGAUUUUGCGUGCAAGUACGUACGAAGUACGGUAUACUGAACGAGACCCGGUAUUUAUAACGUUUAAGUCAGAAAGUAAUUGGCUGAUGUCUUAAAUCCAUGCGACCUGUAACGCCGAGUUUAAUUAAUUAGCCGGAACACAAUUUACAAUGGUUAUUGAUAUUUUCAUCAAUGGAUGAGAAGGAGCAACGUGAAGAAGCACGGAGUCGCUGAGGGCGAGGGUGUCCUGAUACUGCUCCUCCUCAUAGUAUUGGCUCCUGUUAUCUGUUCAGCUGGAAUUCUCGAUCCUUGGCAAUGGGCAAGAAGUGACCGAAUCGAAGUCAAUAUACCCUGGUUACCUUUUGAAAAUGAAACGCGCUGUUACGAGGAGCUUGGAUGUCUCAACAUCACCAGAAACUGGUACCAUCUCAUCCACAGGCCAUUUAAUGUUUUCCCUCUUCCUCGUAAAAUCAUCAACACGAGAUUCAUCCUCUAUACCAAGGAAAAUCCCACUGAAGGCCAAGUCUUAAUAGUAGCUAAAGAUAAAUCCAUUAAACGAUCGAACUUCGAUCCCAAGAGAAAGACAAAGUUUAUUAUACACGGAUUUAUAGACACGCCACUCAGCAACUGGGUUAAGGAAAUGAGAAACGAGUUGCUGAAGCAUGAUGACUACAACGUGAUCAUCGUCGAUUGGGCUGGAGGUAGUCUUCCUCUUUAUACUCAAGCUACAGCUAAUACACGAUUGGUGGGUCUGGAGAUAGCUCAUCUCAUCACACAUCUUCAGAUGAACUAUGGUUUGGAUACCAGCGAUGUUCACCUCAUUGGACAUAGUCUUGGUGCACAUACAGCAGGAUACGCAGGUGAAAAACUUGAAGGAAAUAUAGGCAGGAUAACUGGGCUUGAUCCUGCAGAGCCAUACUUCCAGGGGAUGCCAAGUCACCUGCGUCUUGAUUAUACAGAUGCACAGUUAGUUGAUGUCAUCCAUACCGAUGGGAAGAGCAUCUUCUUCUUAGGAAUUCCAGGUUAUGGGAUGAGCCAGCCUUGCGGUCACUUAGACUUCUAUCCUAACAAUGGCAAGGAACAGCCUGGUUGUACUGAUCUCAGUGAGACCACUCCAUCGUUACCAUUGACCCUGAUACGUGAGGGUCUUGAAGAAGCGUCUAGAGUUCUCGUAGCAUGUAAUCAUGUGCGUGCUAUUAAACUCUUCAUCGAGAGCAUCAACUCAAAGUGUCAGUACAUUGCACAUGAAUGUGGGAGUUACAACAGCUUCCUCCGAGGAGAAUGUUUCUCUUGCAAGAGUAACAAUAGCCUGAGCUGUGGUGUUAUGGGUUACCAUGCUGAUACCAGUCCUGCUUUAAUCAGGAGACAAGCAAUGGGUCAGGAUGCAUCUGCAUUGUUGGGAUCUAGAUUUUUCUUUACUACUGGCAAAGAAGAUCCUUAUUGCAGAAUGCAUUAUAGGAUUACAAUUGAUCUAGCUCGUCCACCCACAGCAGAAAGCUGGGUACAGGGCUUUAUGAAAGUGACCUUACAUGCGGAUAACGGUGUAAUUCGUAACAUGGAUCUUACACCCAGUGGAUAUAUGAAGCUAGAACAUGGUACUACGGUCAGGAUGGUCGUAGCCAAUACAGCAGGAUCUGGUGGUGAAAUUGGUAAGAUCAGACGAGUAGAAUUAUCAUGGGCCUACGAUAUGGAUGUAUUGCAGCCUAGAUCUCUCUGCUUCUUCUGGUGUAACGAUAGACUGUACGUUAACAAUGUAGUCGUAGACAUGAUGGAAUUACCUGGCAGAGGGAAGAGAGAAGCGGAUUUUACCAGUAAACUUUGUUCAGCCAGUAGGCAGGAGUAUGCAGAAAUCGCCAGUGGAUCAACAGCCUCAUUCGUUGAUAACUGUUGAUAAAAAUCUUUAAAUAUCGUAUUAAUUUAUACGGUAUCAACACUAAUAAGGAAAGUUGAAAGUCUAGGAAGAAUCAAAGAGUUACCAGAAACAGUUGACCUUCUCACCUAGAGGGUCGCAGAUUCUGAUGGAUCCAGAUUGGCAGAUGAUGUUCCUCACAGCAAGGACGUGUUCAUGUGGUAUCAUCACCGUUACGUCAUCAAGAUUAUAGAUACGUAGAGACGGGGUAAACGAAUUUUCUUUAUCUUCUCUAUUUUCUAGAAUAUUAUCAAGACAGCCUGCGCAAAUGAUCAUCGAACCAAAGAAAUUUAUCUACUCCGUCAUUACGGCCUGACGAGAUUGAUCAAUCAUGUUCAUUCAACUUGAGCUACGUUCGUAUAAUUUAUAAGCAUAUAUUCUAAACCAGUAUUAAUGUGAUCGACCAUCCUGUAAAUCUUGUAAAUAGGGAAUAUAGAUAUAGCGUCUAAAGCAGAAUUCAGAAAUUAGUCUAAUGACAAUAAUCUGAUUUUCCAUACGCAAUAGAGAGACUAAGCUGAACAUACUUAUAUGCCGGAUUUCGUUAUUAACCAGAAACGGUUCUUUUCUUCUAUAAAUAUAAUGCGCCUUAUUUUUUAACUACGUAAGGACGAUUUUAUACGUAUGACGAUAUUCGUCAUCUAUUUUUGUUUUUCAUUAGUCCAAUUUUUUAUAUAUGAUACACACUGCUAGCCCUAAGCUCCAUUUAUAGCCCUCGGGGUUUAUAAAAUGUUAACCCUUGUGAUAUUUUACCUGUAAUUAUUAACAUACCGCACGAGUGAUAAGUGUCUCGGAUAUUUUUGGACACUCGGUAUAUCGAAUUUCCAUUCCAAGAAUUGAUCUUUGAUGGAAAUUCCGAGUCCGUUUUUCUUUUACUAUCUUCUUUCUUCCCUUUUCUAUCUUAUCGACAAGACACUGUACAAAUAAUUGCCGGUAUUUAUAUACAAUAAAAGGAAAGUGAUAUUAAAGGUA